UCACUCUUUUAAUUCAAUGGAAGAAAUAGGCGGUAGCAAUAGGGUGGCGCCACGUCGACCUCCUGGACUUGGACCUCCACGUCGUCAUGUUCCCUUACCUCGCGUUCGGCCACAUCAACCCCUUGCUGCAGCUCGCACGCUCGUCCUGCGCUACCGGGAGUGGCGUGCGCAUCACCUUCCUCUCCGCUAACGCCAACGUCUCACAGAUCGAGUCGCUUCUCCCCGCCUCCAUGUCCACCUCUGUUGUCUUGCUCCACCUGUCGGCUGUGCUCGGCCUGCCCUUGGGAGUCGAUAGCACGGCCGACCUCUCCCCGGCGUCACCAGCGGCCAAGCUCCUCAAGCCCGCCGUGGACGGGACCAGGCCCCAAGUGGAGUCCCUCCUCCGUGAACUCCGUCCACACCUAGUCGUCUUCGACUUCGGCAUGCAGUGGCUGCCAGAGGUUGCGGAGCCGCUUGACGUGUGGACGCUCUUCUUCUUCUUCGUCUUCGUGGUGAUCUCCACCGCCUACCUCACCGCCCCCGCACGGCGCGUCCACGGCCCCGCCCCGACUCUCGACGACAUCAUGUCGCCCCCUCCGGGCUUCCCGCCCAGUCUCUGCAGUAACGGGAGGUAGCGACGGCGUGCACCGUCGCGGCGGCCAGCGACGACGCGUCUCUCCUCGCCCAGAUCGCGAUGAUGG